UUUCUUCAGCUCCUUUCUUCACCCACAAUACAGAGAAAAGCUUCAAGAUCAGAUAUGGCUUUCCCCCUAAGAUCGAUAAGUUUGCCUUCUAGGCCUCACAUCAGUCAGGCGGAAGUUGAACAAGAGCUGCUGAGCCUAGAGGCUAGCAUCUCUUCCUCCAUUACCAUCGGCACAAUGUGCGAGGGUCUUAUGAGGCUUGGAAACAUCUACAAUGGUGUUGAAGAAAUCAUUGGCCUACCAAGCAACCAAGUAUGCUCCGCCCAGGAGAGGAAGAUGUUGGAUGGAGAAAUGGAAGGUUCUCUCGAGCUACUAGAUCUCUGCAGCACCAUGCAAGAGAUCUUCGUCGAGAUGAAAACCAUUAUCCAAGAGCUGCAAGUGGCACUAAGAAAAGGAGCUGAAGCAGCUUCUCAAGCCAAGAUCCAGUCUUACACUGUCUUGACGAAGAAGGCCAAGAAACAUUUCAAGAAGACCGCGAAGAAGGCUACUUCUGAAGGUUGCAGCAUGGUCAUGCUAUUGAGCAAGGCUAGAGAGGUCUCUAUCUCUCUGCUGGAAUCCACAGUCCUCCUCUUGUCAAAGCAAAUUGAAAUGCGCAAACAGUCUCUUAUCUCCAAGGCAUUUCACAAGACGAAGAAGCCAGUUGUUUGUGAGGAGGAGCAAUUGCAGGAGUUAGAGUGCAGCAUCGCAGAUCUUGAGAACGGAGCAGGACAUCUGUUCAGGAAGUUAGUCCAGAGCAGAGUUUCCCUCCUAAACAUCCUUAGCUCAUAGAUACUCCACAUCACUCUUAGUGACCUGUGAUUGGCAUCCGCCUUUUUGAGGAUUAGCCAAUCUUGAUACAGUUUUCCAGUAUGUAUACAGUAUACAGUACAAAUGUACAGAAUAUACAGAGAGAAAAGGCAAAGUUUUGAUCUAUUUCAUGUUUAA